GAUGCCACAAGACAGAAUGCACAGGACCUGCUGAAUCUAAAAAGGAAAACGUCUUUCUACUCCAGGGGGAAACCAUUAGGAGAUGCGGCUCUGUAUUUAUCCCUGCCCCUCGCAUGAGUAAAAACACCGGGAGCAGAUGAAGCUUUCUGGAGAGCUGGAGGUGAUUGCAUUAGGGCUGUGCCGUUUCCUUCGGUGUUUGAAAGUGGGUGAGAAAGAUCCAGCUGCCUUUUUCACGAGACUGAGUAGCAGGGUGUAAUUUCCAGGCGGACUCCCCUCUCCUUGGUUCCUCUCUAUGGAUGUGUGUAAGAGAAACGCAGCACCUGUUCUCAAUCUGAGCUAAAUCCAACAACAAAGAACCCAAGGACAUUUCUUUGUACGAUUAACAAUCUAACAAGGAGAAUCAAAAUUAAUCCAUUUGCCAUUUUACGGCUUUUUUGCGGGAAUCAGCAGGACUUAAAGACCCAGGCAAUGUGUGGCAAGGAAGGAUUGAUUUGAAAGUAUUAAUGAGCAGUGCCCACGUUUCUGUUACUGGAACAGAAAACCCUCCAAGCUUCACCGAGCUGAACAACAGGAACGGAGAAAGGCUUUCUUUAAAAGUUAAUUUGUUUAAUGCCAGCAGAGCAAACAGUGGCCUCAACGCUCCAGCCCUCAGCACAUGUGGAGCGUGCUACUCCACUUUUCAUCUGCUCUUUGAAGGAAGAUGACUUCAAAGCAGGAAGAUGCUGCCUUGAACAACUUUCUGCAGUUCAUUGAAGACAAGGGACUGAGGGCUUAUGAUGCCUUGGUGAUUCAAAAUGCCUCAGACAUUGCUCGUGAAAAUGACCGCAUGCGAAGUGAAACAAACUUGGCAUACCUCAAAGAAAAAAGUGAAAGAAGAUUGAGGCAAGAGGAAGCAAUAAAACGAUUAGGUGCAGAGGUUGGGAAAGGAAGUGAUGGCACUUGCAUGGGAAAACACUUCCGUUUGGGAUUCAUGACACUGCCUGCUCCUCAGGACCGCCUGCCACAUCCCUGUGCCAGCGGCUUUUCUGUCAGGUCUCAGUCACUUCAUUCUGUCGGAGGUGGUGAUGAUGAAAGUCAUGCCUGUGCUCGAAAACAGCCGCCUCCGAAGCCCAAGCGAGAUCCAAGUACAAAGCUCAGCAUCUCAGCAGAAACCGUCAAUGUGGGAUUUGCCGCAACGUCGGCAAUAGGAGGAACACCUGGAAUGGGAGGGACUCCUGGAACAGAAGGGACGCCAGGAAUAGAAGGGACAACAGGAGCAGGAGGAACACCAGCAACUGCUGGAAUAGGAGGGACACCAGUGCCAACUGGAACAGCACUGAAAGAGCAAGACAAAAAUGCAGCAAAACCCAGACCGCACAGCGAUGAAUACGGCAAAAAGAUCCCACCUCCGAAGCCGAGACGUGACCCAAACACACAGCUCAGCACUUCCUUUGAUGAAACCUACAGCACUAGACAAGGCAGCAGGAAGGCAAUGGCAGUGGGAAGCAAGGAAAAUUCUCUAGGACAAACGGUCAGUUCGUCCCAGGGCACUGACGAAGAGGAGCCUGUCUACAUUGAAAUGGUUGGGAAUAUAUUACGGGAUGUCAAAAGGGAUGAUGAUGAUCAAAGUGAAGCUGUUUAUGAAGAAAUGAAAUAUCCAAUGUUUGAUGAGGUGGCCCAGGACCUCAAGUGGAUCAGCGCAGCUAAUGCAGAUCCUCAUUCUCAGUGUGCCACUCCUACUGUGCCUGACCUGGAAAUCACAAAGUCUUCAGUGCCAUCCACCCCCAAGGGCUUCUUUUGUGAGAUUCCACCUCCAUUUCCAAACCUGCUUCCUCACCGCCCCCCACUCCUUGUGUUUCCCCCUGCUCCCACACAAUGCUCCCCAACCUCGGACGAGUCCCCUCUAACACCCUUGGAAGUCACUAAGCUGCCAGUACUGGAAACAAGUAUCUCCUACAUCAAACAGGCCAGUGCGUCCCCAUCAGCGCUGCCAGCUCAGGCGGUUGGGUACCAGAAAGUUGAGAAAGACCUGCCCCCUUCUCAUGGAAUAUGCACCACUGGAAGGGCCUCGUCUCCACCACUUCCUUCAACUCUUUACAGGACACCAUCACCUCAUAGUCUUCAAAGCCACUUCAGCCACUCAAUAUCCCCAUCCCCAGUCACCAUGGGUCGCUCCAUGACUCCUUUGGGCCUAAAAAGACCUCCACCCUAUGAGUCCAUCCAUCCAACACCAAGAUGUUCCUCCGCAGUGCCUCAGUCUACAUCAAAAGCCCCCAUUCAGGAAGGAGGCAAAACAGGAAACUCUUCGACAGGUCAUGGGGCUGUGCACACUGGGGCACGCUCCAGAACACCAACCAGCCCCCUCGAAGAGCUCAGUUGUCUCUUUACCUCAGGAAGGAGUCUGCUGAGGAAAUCCGCCAGUGGGAGGAAAUCCAAGGAACCCAUGGAAAAGCCAGGGGAGGACCUAAAGGGGCGAAGUUUUAGCUCUGAAAUGGUGUCAAAGUCAGAAGGCAAAGAGAAAGGCGCUCAUGGUGUUUCUGGAGAACCGAUCAAAUCUCAGGAAUGGGAUGGGAGCCCAAGGCCACCAGCGCCAGUGACGAGUCGAAUGGGGAUGUCCGCAGUCAGCCCGACUCAGUUAGCGGGACACAGCAGCUCUGAGACCACACAGCCAGAGGCCAAGGCGAGCUGCAAGCUGGGUCGAUCUGCUUCGACUUCAGGUGUACCUCCUCCAUCCACCACUCCUCUCAGGCAGUCCAGUGAGACACAACAGAGCCAGGCAUUGUAUCAGCAAUGGCUCUAUGGAGACAACACAAUACUUGAAAUGAUUGAGAAGAAGCGAUGUCUGUGCAAAGAGAUUAAGUCCCGGCAGAAGCCAGAUAAAGGCCUUUGUAAACAAGACAGCAUGCCCAUCCUUCCCAGCUGGAAGAAAAACAGCGCUACAAAGAACCUGAAACCGGCUGCACCUCCCUGUACCAAACAGCAAACUGUUCUGUGGGACACAGCGAUCUGACAAAAGUCCUCCGUGAAACAUGCUUCCCCCAAGGUUUCGACCUCUGACCUCCACAGGACCCCUCAAAGGGUCAUUUCCGAGAAUGACCGUUGCGACCUUUGCCAUCCCAUCGGUCAGCCCACCUGGCCAAAUUCAGCGUCCAUGAUUGAGUUUGCCUUGAGGAGACCCUGGUUCACUGUGACUGGAGCCAACACAGCACAUCACAUGAAAGAGGCUCAAUGACCAGGCAGAUCAGCCAGAGAGGCAGCACCUGAGUCCUUGCUGCCUGCUGGGAAUUGUUUAACAUUGUAAGAAUAAUCACUAAACAGCUGUGCUGUUACGUGAAAGGAUUUUAAUAUAAUUAGUUUUAUCGUCCACUUUCAAGAAAUUGCAAUCAAUCAUAGAGGUAGGCAUGGAAGGAGCUGGGUUGUCGAGGGCAGCUCUAUUCUACACCACCCCAGUGGAACAUUCCCCCCACUCUGUGUGGGGUUAUGUGUACCAAACAUGUCCUUUCUCAACAGACCGUCAGUGCUGCUGCCCAGGAAGCACUGAUGAUAUGUUCUUGGCCGACUCAAAACACUUUGUUCUACAAGCACUUUUCUAAUCAGUUUCUAAAACAAGGGAAGAUGACAGUCGCUCUGCAGGGGAUACAGAAAUUUACAUGCUAGUUGUUGAUAUAAUUGAACAGGGUCCGAUUCUGACAAAUGUCAGUAAAGUUUGGUGGUCUGCAUCAACAUUGUGUACUAUACAACACAGCCCCUCUCCAGCCUUCCGGCCCUAUCUAAGCUGCAGCUAUUGAUAAGGGUUUUUUUUCAAAAAAGAAGGAAACUUUAUCAACACGCAGAGCAUUAGGGAUCAAAUUCUUAGAAGACCAAACCAUCAGGAUGAGAUUUUUGGUGCUUAUAGCUCUGUGAAGCAAUGUAGGAGAGAAUUUCCAAACCUGCACCCGAGUAUAUUGGAUCAACUGGGCCUGAGGGAACAUUGGGCAUUUACAUAACUGCCCCUAUACUGGACCGCAAGUGGGCUGAUUCUCCCUCCCCGGGGGGAGAACACUCCAAUCCAGCUCUUAUGGUAACACUUGGAGGACUUAGAUUCUCCUCAAGCAAUUGGUUCCAACACUAGAAAAUCUCCCCUUGGUUUGACCAGAAUCUGUGCAAUGUAAUUUCAAUAGAGGCUGUUAGCUCCAAACCUAUUGAAAAGUAAGUGAAGGCUUUUAAAUAUUUUCUACUAUUGUGUAUGAUUGACCUAUGCUAUAUCUAUACAUAAUAUAUAUAUAUAUAUAUAUAUAUACAGACAAAUUCUGAUGUUAUUGUCUUGUAUUCACUUCUCUUGAUUUUUAUUUGUAUAUUUAAAUAAUAGUGUGAACUUUAUAUUAUUUUUGUGUAAAUCACACUGUGAUUAAAAAAGAGAGAAAGCACAGUCAAGGCACAACAGAUUAUCACAGUCAGCGCAUGCAUCCCACACUGAUCAUCGGGUAUCCGAAGCUAAACACAGUUCACACACUUCAUACUGAUCAGAAUGCAUACACCUCUUACUGAUCAUGGUGCUGAUACCGAUUAAGACCACACCAGGCAAAUCUAAUAAUGAUUGGGAUGAGUUCCCCAAGAGGAAAUCUUUGUGAUCACAAUCAAUAUCGAUAACAAUGCAAGUUCCCAAUGUCAAACAGAAGAUGUACACCCAGCAAUACUCACACUGCACAUUCUUUAUCAUCCUGCGUCCAAAUAACGCCGAGGAUAUCACUAGUAACCAACAAAAACCAUUGGGCACUUAUCCGAAAUAAAUAUAUAUCAAUGUUCAACAUUAAUCGCAGUCAGUGCCCACCCCUCAACAUCAAUCCGUGUACACACAUCACCAUCAGUCACUGUCUGUUUAUGUCUUCCACAGUCAAUAGGUGACAUAUAGCCAAGCUGCAGCAUCAAUCAGUCAAUGCCCAUUCUCUGGGAUUGAGAGGUUAAUGUGCACAUGUUCUGAGUAAUGAACAUAAUCAAUGUAUUCAAGAUAUUACUGCAAAUAGUUAACCCCAUUCGCACUUUGAUCAGAACUGGAAUACACAGCGAAUGAAGAGUGUGCGAUCAUUCUAAUUUCAAUUAGAGGUAAUGCAGACACCGAAAUCUAACUGCAGUCACCUCCACAUUAAUGAGAUUCAGUUUCUCAGAAGCCAGAUCAACUCUCGUGAGGGUGAACACAGUGAAGGCAAAUCACAAGUGGAGAAGACAGUGAAUACGUCCCAAAACAAAUUGCACUCCGUCCACUUGUUCCAGCAUUAAUCACAUUCAGGGCAUUCAACUCAGAAUCGAUUCGGAGUUAAGACCCAUGAUCCUGCAUAGAUCUUAAGUGGUGCCUGAAUCCAAACAUUGAUCACAGUCAAGAUAAUAAAAUGU